AUGGGUGAAAGAAAGAAGCACCAGUAUGACCCCAGGAUGCAAGGAAGCCUUCAAGGUCAAGCUGACCUCUACAACUGGAAGUUUGAGUGGGACGGCAGAGGCAGAGAGCGAGGGAGAGACAGGAGAGAGAAGAAAGACACGGAAAACGGACGUUUAUCACAAAGGCAGUCGACUGCAUCUCCUCGUGCGCAGAGCGCCGACAAGCAACCGGAGGAGCGCAGACGUGCAAAGAUGGCGGGGCUAGAGCAUCCCGACAGUCGGCCGACACAAGAUGUGGAAGGUGAGAUCGACCUGUCCUCGUGUGUCACCGUGUCAGACUGUGACGUGGAAAACAACUACGGCUUCCAGAUUCAAACAAAGCGGGCAGUGUUCACGCUCUCUGCAGUGACCUCGAGAUCGCGACAGAACUGGGUGACGUUACUGAAGCAGGCCGUGCACAACAACACUCGCCAAUCAGACAGCGGCGGCCAGAAAGGAGACCCCCUCUCCUGUGUACCGUCGCCAUGUCAACCAGCCGCUUGCUCCACCCGCCCCGACUUGGAACCUCCGGAUCCCGGCACAGCAGCGACCUGCCCCCCGAAUCCGCCUGCGGACCCUGGCCGGGGAGAAGAAGAUUGGGACUGCGACUGGGCCAAGAGACUGGAGGAAAGGAACAGGUGGUUUGAGGACGCCGUCCCCCUCGGGGGGGCGGGCAGCCGCUGGGACUGCAUGCAGCUGAAGAGGGGGAGUGUACCCGUGCCGGUCAUCCACACCAUGGACUCCCAGGUCAGCAAGAAGUGGACGGAAUUGGAGAGGCUGUCGUUCAGGGGCAUGACCGCCCAGUCGCUCAUCGGCACCCAGGCGUAUCGAACCACCACGCCCCAUUCCGGGGGGGCUCUGGACCCGUCCCAGGCGUGCCGAUCAGGCUCUGAUACGCUUGAAGAGUUAGUCGGUGGUUUGCCCACAGACUCUCCCUGCUCUGAGGAGGCUUCCCCACCUGGGAGUGGGUCACACCUGGUUCAGAACACAGCUGAAAGCCUACAAAAGGAGGCUCUAUCCCUUCGAAAGCAUGAGUUGGAAAAUGUGAAGAAAGAGCGUGCGGCCAGGUUGGACAGCCCCUGUGGACCCGGGGCCCCGUGCAGGGCCAUGCUUGAAGCUAUGGAAGCAGCUCACCAGCAAGAAGUGCAGGAGCUGCAGGAGAAGCAGGAGAGGAAGAUGAAAGAAGUGGAGGCAGGAAGAGAGAGGAUGCUGCAGGAGGAGCGACGAGCUGCAGCUGAAGCAAUGGAGGCUAUGCGAGCGGCCCACAGGGAGGAGCUGCAGGCCAGGAGGUCGCUGGCUGGAGACAUGGAGACGUCCUCCACAGGAGACAUGUGCCUGCCUGAAGGAGCCGUGAAGAGCAGCCCUGGUAGACGAACAGAGCUUGGAUGCAAAGUGGGAGGGAUGGAGCAGCUCCGGAGAGAGAACCAGGAGCUUAAAGACAAGCUGGCCGCAGAGAUGAGCCGCAUGCGGGCUUUCAUCACAGGCCAAAGGCCGGAAGUGGCGUCCCUUGGCAACGCCGCGUCACAAGUUGAGACGCUGCUCCGAGCCAAGGAGGAGGUGGUCCGGUCUCUGAGGAACGAGGUCAGCCGUUUGCAGGACGAGAUGCGGCGUUGGUCUCCCGCCAAGGAGGAGGAUGCUUCCAAUAUGUCCAGGCAGGCUGGAGAGGGUUUCUCUCCGUGAGCUCCUAAGACUGACCAACACAGGAACCAGGAUGGAAGUAGGACAAAUAACAGAAAUCCUUUUUGAACUCACUUUAUUGAGUUAAAACCAUGCGAACAGGAGUGAGGGCUUUUUCAUUCUGCUAGCCUCACAUGAUGUGGGAUCUUUGAAAAUAUGUAUUGUUGAAAGAUAAAACCGGAGAGAGGUAGGAGAUAUGUAGAGUGAAGCACCGACACCUCGUUCUCCUGGGACCAUCUGGUCUUGGACUCAGCCUUGGAGCCUGCAGCCGGGAACAGAGCACAGUCAGGACAGGACAGGACAGGCGGACAUGAGGGGACGCAACAUGUGGCACCGUGCACUCGCUUCAGUCGUCGUCGUCGUCGUCUUCGGGGACGAAGAUGUCGUGCUCCUCCAGGAGGGCUGCAAAGUUCUUGCUGAUCAGAGUUCCCACGUAGAGGAAAGGCACCACCACCACCGUCAUGCGGAUCAGACCGAAUGGUGUCUGGGAAGAAAGCAGACGUAUGGAUUCACCAGGUGGACGGAAGAGGAAUGUUGACCCGCCUCUGAGCAACAUUGAGGGCUUUAGAACAGGGCUGUCCACACUUUUUGACCUGGGGGGGCCGGAAUUGGCUUAAGAAAAUUUUGCCGGUGGCCAAAACAUGUACAGUAAAAAAAUUAAACAAAAAAAAUAUAUGUAUAUAUAUAUAAAUGUGUGUGUGUAUUUAUAAAUGUAUACAAA